AUGCCCAAAGUCGUGAAAGGCUUCCUCGGCCGCAGCCGCGCUUUGGAGCAUAUCCACACCAUUAACCCCUCUAAAAAGAGGAAUGCCUGCAAUCAUAAUACUCGCGGCAGCAAGAAUGACAGCGCGGAUAACCUUAACAACUUCAGCGGCAGUGAUGGCGGCGUGGUCACCUUCAGCAAUGCCGAAAUUGGCGACCCUCGCCAAUGGAAGGCACCCACAGAUGAUUCGACUCUCACCUCCAUGCAUGAUGAUUAUGAGCAGUUCAAACGUGGCCUGCAGGUUAUCGUUACCGCUGAGGGUGUUCCCCGUAAGGUUCAAAAGCAUGCCAGCAAAAUUCUUAGCCGAUUGCGUCGCUUGGUCUUUUUGGCGUACGCUCGUAAACAUGCUGUGAGGACUGCUCCACGUAACAACGUUCGCAAUGAAGCCAACAGAUCCAGCAAGGGCAGUCGCAGAGAUAACAACACGAACGGCAGCGAGGACAGCAGCAUCGGCAAUCUCAUCGGCCUUUACAACAAUGAUGGCGGCGUGGCCACCUCUAGCGAUGCCGGAAUUGACGAUCCUCGCCAAUGGAGGGCGUCCGCAGAACUUGACAUAUCACCUUUCUUCUCAACCAAAUCGUAUUGUCACUGGGACCACUGGAGCUUCGUUAAGCACUGCAAUUCAACCCUGGACACCAAGGAAGGCGGUUAUAAGGAAUUCAGGCGAGGCUUAGAGGUUUUAUCCGUCGCAGACAGUGUUCCCCUCAAAAUUCAACAACAUGCCAAAAAGAUCCUACGUAGAUGUGGACAGUUGAAAUUCAUAACAUACGCUCGAGAACGCGCCGUCAGAGUAUCGAAUGAGGAAGCAAUCGAAGCAAGCAAGAGAGCAUUUCAAGUUCUCGCACAGGCCGCGAUUUCCAACGAGCAUUCAUGGCAACCAUUAUUGGAAUAA